ACUCAAAAUCAAAUGUUGGCCUUGGUCCUCUUGGGCACUUUGGCUUUGAUUGCCAUAGUUAAAGUUGUGCAAUGGCGUCGACAGCUGCAACUGCCCUUCAAGAAAGUUCCUGGACCCCCAGGGCUGCCACUGCUUGGCAAUACCUUGGACAUUGUAUCGAAAGAGUCGGCUGACAUCUUCCGAUUGCUGAUCGAACUCGAGAAAGAUUAUGGAAAAUUGUUCAAAGUGGACAUAAUGACCGGAAUAUGGUUGUUCUACUCUUCGGCCGAAACCGUGGAACGAAUCAUGACCGGACCGGAGUUCAACUGCAAAAGUGACGAUUACGACAUGCUGGUCGAGUGGCUUGGAACGGGACUUUUGAUAAGCAAUGGCAAUAAGUGGUUUACCCAUCGAAAAGCAUUGACGCCGGCUUUCCAUUUCAAAAUCUUGGAAAACUAUGUACAGGUAUUCGACGAUAAAAGCACAAUUUUGGCGAAGAAGUUUCUGAAAAGUUCUGGACAACCAGUGAAAAUAUUCCCGAUGGUUAAACUGUGUACUUUGGACGUGAUCGUGGAAUCGGCAAUGGGAUCCCACUCGGAUGCUCAAUCGAAGGAAUCGGUUUAUACCACGACGGUGGAGGAAAUUUCGUCGAUCAUUUUCUGGAGGAUGUUCCAUGUAGUGUAUAAUCAGCCUUUCUUCUUCCGAUUCAGUAAGCAUUACAAACCGUAUCAAAAAUAUUUGAGAACCAUUCACGACUACACACUGUCGAUCAUUGAACAGCGGAGAGCGGCGUUGAAGCAGCAAACUGUUCUGGGUAAAGAAAGUUCACCGCGGGUAAACGAUGUUGGCACAAAGUCCAAGAAAGCUUUACUGGAUGUGUUGCUGGAAACACAAAUUGAUGGUCGACUCCUGACUAAUGAGGAAAUCCGCGAGGAAGUGGAUACGUUCAUGUUUGCUGGUCAUGAUACAACUGCAUCAGCGAUCACCUUCAUAUUGUAUUCCCUGGGAAAGUAUCCGGAUAUUCAACAGAAGGUGUACAACGAAAUUGUGUCGGUCAUAGGAGAGGAUAAAAGUACUCCGGUAACAUUGAGCACCCUGAACGACUUGCGAUACCUGGAACUGGUGAUUAAGGAAUCGCUACGAAUGUUUCCGCCGGUUCCAUUCAUUUCCCGGAACACCCUGAAGGAGGUGCAGCUGGGAGGUGUUCUAAUUCCGCCAAACAACAACAUCACCAUCGGAAUCUACAACAUGCAUCACAAUCCGGAGUACUUCCCGGAGCCGGAACGGUUCCUGCCGGAGCGCUUCGAGGCGGAGCGGGGCGUCGAAAAGAUGAAUCCUUACGCUUACGUGCCGUUCAGUGCCGGAGGCCGGAAUUGCAUCGGGCAAAAGUUUGCCAUGCUGGAGCUGAAAUCGACCAUCUCCAAGGUGCUCCGGUGGUGUCGCAUCGAGUUGACUGAUCCGGCCUACGAGCCGCCCCUCAAGGCCGAAAUGAUUCUUAAACCGAGUGACGAGAUGCCGCUCAAAUUUUAUCCACGAAACUGAGACAGGAAGCGAGCGCUUCCGGAAGAAUGGAACGAAACGAAACGAA